CGCGCUCACUCGCUCGCUCGCGCUGAGGAAAAUGUUGCGCAGGUUCAAAAAUGGAACGUCGGCAGCGUGAGGGAGCGCGAGGGGGUGUGCGCGCGUGCGCGUGCGCGUGCGCGCCCGGGCGAGGGUGACGGGGACCCCGCGGCCCGACCAUCGCGCGCCACAGCCGCGGCCCCGCAGCUCCGCCCCCAGCCCAGCCCGGCCUCGGGCCAGCUCGCCCUCCGCCCCGCAUGGAGCUGUCAGCCAUCGGCGAGCAGGUGUUCGCUGUGGAGAGCAUCCGGAAGAAGCGCGUGCGGAAGGGUAAAGUCGAAUAUCUGGUGAAGUGGAAGGGAUGGCCCCCAAAGUACAGCACAUGGGAGCCAGAGGAGCACAUCCUGGACCCCCGCCUAGUCAUGGCCUAUGAGGAAAAGGAAGAGAGAGACCGAGCGUCAGGGUACAGGAGGAGAGGCCCGAAACCCAAGCGGCUCCUGCUGCAGCGGCUGUACAGCAUGGACCUGCGGAGCUCCCACAAGGCCAAGGGCAAGGAGAAGCUCUGCUUCUCCCUGACGCGCCCACUCGGCAGCGGGAGCCCCGAGGGGGUGGUCAAGGCAGGGGCACCCGAGCUGGUGGACAAGGGCCCCUUGGUGCCCACCCUGCCCUUCCCGCUCAGCAAGCCGCGCAAGGCCCACAAGUACCUGCGGCUCUCACGCAAGAAGUUCCCACCCCGCGGGCCCGACCUGGAGAGUCACAGCCAUCCACGGGAGCUCUUCCUGCAGGAGUCACCAGCCCCGGAGGUCCUGCAGUUGGCCGGCGAGUGGGAGCCUGCUGAGCAGCCCCCUGAAGAGGAGGUAGAUGCAGACCUGGCCGAGGGGCCCCCUCUUUGGACACCUGCGCUCCCGCCAAGUGAAGUGACAGUGACCGAUAUCACCGCCAAUUCCAUCACCGUCACCUUCCGUGAGGCCCAGGCAGCUGAGGGCUUCUUCCGAGACCGCAGUGGGAAGUUCUGAAUCACCGUUUUUUACUCUUCUUAAACUGUUUUCUUUUGGGCUUGGGGUGGGAACUUCCAGAGAUGGGGAGGGGUUGGGGGCGGGUUAAUUAUUUUAUUUAAAAGCAUAUGUAACAGGAGAAGGGGGAAGACGCAACACUUCCCCACCACCCUGCCCUUGCUCUGCGUGUCAUGUUUACAGAGGGGCCUCAGGGUCUGUUUGGGGGGCUGGGGAGGCCUGGAGCUGCCCUGUGAGUCGGGGAGCCUCUCCAGGGCAGGAUGGAGAGAGGGCCACCGGCCCCUGGAUGGACACUGCCGUCCACGUUCUCUAGAGGCGCGGUGGCUGGUUCUGGGAGCUCAAGGACGGGAGACCCAAGCCCUCCCUGGAGCAGCCCACCCCAGCCUUCCUACUCGGCUCCCCUUGUCCUUUCUUUGUCUGUAACUUUUCACUCCAGCUUCAUGGUGGGAUGUAGAGGCUGGCUGUGACCAGAAGUGACCGGGUCAGAGAGGAGGGUUGGAGGUGACAAGUGCGCCCCAUGCCCUCCGGGGAGACUCUGCCUCUCCUCUGGCAGCGGCUGGCGGCUGAGCAGAGUGGCUUCUGCUCAGAGUUCCGCACACCCAGCCGCACAGGUGUGCACACUGUCCCACUCUUGUGCCCUCCUGCCUGUGCACGUGUCUCCAUACCUCCUGUCUGGAAACCGUGACCAGGUGAGCAUGGGGGGAUUGACAGCACAAAAGAACCUGCCGCAGGCACCCCACACACACCCCACCUUGCAGGGCACCCCAUGGGGCACCUCUGUCCCAGCUCAGCUUGCUCACAGCUGUCAGCAGAGGGCAGGGGUCUGGCAUGCGGAUGAGACGGCCGCCACGCUCCCAGGCAUGCAGGUGUGGGUUUGUGGCUUCACCUGGCCAGCCGCAGGUGUGCCGGGCAUCAGCACAGGCUAUGAGGGGGUCUGGCCUUUCUUCCCCUGAGGGGCUCUGUUCUCUCGGACUCAGGUGACUUUUCAGCCCUUCUAGUUCUCCUCCUCUUUCUCUGCCCUCCCAUCCAGCUCAGCCAAGCCCUGGGUGGGUACCUGCUGUCGGGAGGGAGGGAGCCCCGACUGCUGCUGACACUCGCCCCCAUCUGCCCUAAGGCCCUGCUGGGACUGACCCUGUGUUCCUGUGAGGGCACCUCUGCCGUGUCUUCCUGCAGUGGGGCUGCAGUGGGCGGUGGGCCAAGGAGGUGCAUAAGCCCCACGCCCGGCAAGGGGCUGUGCCCGCCAGGAGGAGGGGCGCUCAUUUUCUAGUCACCGCAAGCAUGCCUGUGGGCUAGAAGCACCCCUGGCAGUGAGGAGUGACUUGUUCCCUACCCUGGCCCUAUGUAGGGAGAAAGCCAGCCUGGGGGCGAGGGGGCAAAGGAGGGGGCAUGUAAGGCCGGCUCCCUCCACCCAGCCCACUGUCAGAGGCGGGGCCCUCGGGUCCUGCGCCCCACCUGCCCUCUCCCAGGCUUACCCCCACUCUGUUUUGCCCCAAGGAAGUCCACAGACCCCCUGCUGAGGCAAGGCCAAGGCCAUUCUUCUCCCAGGCCCCUUCUCCCUGAGUUCCCAAACCAAAGACAGCCAGCACCCCAUUUUUGUUUGGAGUGCCCUGCUGGCAAGUUCCCAAGUCCCUGAGUCUCUCCCCUUCCUCCUUAAUCCAUCGUUGUCCAGGGUCAAUUCAGUGCUUCCACUGGGGGAUGGACCCCUCUUGGGUGACUUGAUUCAUCCCCAGCCUGAGAGCUAGUCUAGAGGUGCAUGUGGGGGUGGGUGAGGGAAAAGAGGGGCAGCAGAAACCCCGCCCACCCAGCUGUGGGGCGCUGGGGAGGGGAGGGGCAGCCUGGAGGUGGGAGCUCUCCCAGGACAGGGGCUCCCAGCAGAGGGGAGGGUGGUGGAGGGCAGUGGGUGGCGGGGAGGGGGCCUCUCUGUGACUGGAAGAUGGUGGCCGUGGAUUUGGGCCUCUGGUGGCAGCUUCCUAAAGAAGUCAUAGUCCUCCCCGUGAGGACAUGGGACCUCUCUUCCUGCGUCACUGGCACUUUCGCAGAAGUGUUGGUGCAGUCCGUGGGCUUGGGGUUUGGGGGCUUUCCUUUGGGAUGAGGCAGUUGAUUCUGUUUCCUGCAGGAGAACACUUCCUGCCUCUUACUCAGCCCUUUGGGGCCCACAGAGCUCCAUGCGUCUCAGGGAGGGGACCUGGGGAGCCGGGGCUCCCUGGGGAAAGGGCUCUGGGCUGUUAGGACCUUGCCCUACCCAGGACAGAGACCUCUGGGAGGAGUUGGGUGUGGCCCUGAGUGUCCCAGCGGGGUGUAGCAAGGAGCCCACCCCAGAAGGCCAGUACUCAUGGGGGUUGGGGGCUCAGAGAGUUGGACCACCUGUCUUUCCUUCCCCCAGCCCCCAUCCAUCUUGAAUGUAGAGAGACCAGUUGGUACUUUUCUUUUGCUGUGGGAUGGGGUGUGGAGAGUGUCCCCCGACCCCUGGCAUGGCCACUUACAGUGCCACGGCCGAGGCCUCCUGGGCGUCCCAGUGCGCGACACUCCGGGUGGCGACCCCAUCGCUGGCUUUCUCCUCCUCUCCCGCUCGAGGGUGGCGCUAUGCUUGCGUAAGGUGGUCCAGCUUCUGCUUUAUAAGUGGCCAGCCCGGCCUCCAAGUCUCAGCAUGAGAACACUUUCUUUGCACAGAAUGAGCGUUGAGCUUUGUUCAGACAAAAUGAAUGUAUUCGGGAGGGGUUGGGGGCACGAGUUGAUUCCAAGCACAUGCCUUUUCUGAGUGUGCUGGGGAGCGCGAGAGUGGAUGCAGAGCACGGUUUUAUUUUUGUACUGAUAUUGGUAAGAGACUGUAUAGCAUCUAUUUAUUUAGAUGAUUUAUCUGGUAAACAAGGCAAAAAAUUAUUAAGAAUACAUUAAAGAUGAUUUUAAAAAAAGCUCUUUUGUCUUCGAG